CAGUUAUGGCUGUGUCAUCUCUUGCCUUUGCACGUCACAUACUUCAACCGUUUUUCAUGCCUUGUACAGCUCCAGAACCUGCGAUUAAAAUAACUGCAGUUCUUGCAAUGAUGAUAGUGUUCUAUGUGAACAGUACCAGCAUAACCUGGACUGCAAGGAUUCAGAUUCUUUUCACUGUUGUCAAACUUGCUACUAUAGUCAUAAUCAUCAUUUCUGGACUCUUCCAUUUAUCUAAAGGAAAUAUCAUGCAUCCACGAUGCAGGGCACAAUUAACUGAGGCAGAAAAUGACCUCUUCAUUGAGGUUUUGCACCAACACUACCAAGUCCUGCUGUCUAGAGGGACAGAAAAUAGGCCAGAGAAUGAAGCCCUGUGUGAUGAACUGAUGCAUAACAUCAAUGCCGUGGGACACCAGAAUCAUACAUACAAGCAGGUGCAACGCCUUGCCAUGGAUAUGAUAAAUUCUACACACAGACAUGCAGCUGACAUGGCAAGGGAUUGUCAGGUCACUGGUGGUGGGCCUGCAUCAGAACAAACUCUCUCAGCCACAGAAAAUGUUCUGGUCAACCUUGGAACACAGGACAUCUCCCAGGCAUCCAUCAGCCAAUAUGUUGUGGACAUGGGUACCACCCACUCCUGUCAACAGGCACAUCCAGAUUCGAGUAACUUUGCUGAUGCCUUUGCGGGUGAUAUUAACUUUGGCAAGCUGCCUCUUGCAGUAUUUUCUGGAAUGUAUGCAUAUGCAGGGUGGUUUUACCUAAAUUUUGUUAUAGAAGAGGUAGAAAACCCAGAAAAAACUAUGCCUAUUGCCAUAUGUGUGUCAAUGGCAAUUGCUACCUUCAGUUAUUUGUUAACAAAUGUGGCUUACUUCGCUGUAAUGACUACAGAUGAAGUACUUGCAUCAGAUGCAGUAGCUGUGACAUUUGCAGAACGAAUGCUAGGGAACUUUUACUUAGCAAUUCCAAUCUUUGUAGCCAUGUCCUGCUUUGGUGCUGUAAAUGGAGGAACCUUUGCUGUAGCCAGAGUAUUUUAUGUUGCUUCCCGUGAGGGACACCUUCCGCAAAUCCUGUCUAUGAUCCACAUUAAGAAGCAUACUCCUCUUCCUGCUGUAGUUGUAUUGUUUCCAUUAAUGGUUAUUAUGGUAUUCUCCGGAGACAUUUCUAGCCUGCUAAACUUUCUUAGCUUUGUUCGAUGGCUCUUUAUUGGUCUUAUAGUUGCUGGAUUGAUAUACCUCAGAUUUAAGUACCCAGCAAUGCACCGUCCAUUUAAGGUGCCAUUGUUCAUUCCCAUUACAUUCUGCAUUUCCUGUUUCAGUUUGAUUGGAAUGUCUCUGUAUUCUGACCCUGUGAACACAGGAAUAGGUUUUGCAAUCUGUCUGACUGGCAUUCCGGUUUACUAUGUUUUCCUUAAAUGGCAUAAUAAGCCUAAAUGGUUUCAAACUUCAGUAGAUUACAUGACAACAUCACUGCAAACCCUUCUGAAGGUGGCACCGUCAGACGAACAUGCAGAUUAGGAUUCAAUCCCAUAUAGAUGAACGCAGAUUACCUCCCCAUACUGCAAAAUGACAAUGUGUUAAUUUUGCCACUACUGACAUUCUGGAAAUAUAUGAGAAAAAAUAGUUAUUAUAAAUUACUAAAGAGAUAUUAACGUGUAUAAUGUACAUCCACAGUGCAGUUUUAUAAAAAAAAUCUUGUAAAUUAAAUUUAUCUUCAUGAAGAUAGCAUCACGGCCUACAUUUGAAACAUAUCAAUGGAUGAUCUGAGUUUAUCUACAUAGCAUUUUGUUGCAAGAAAAGUAUCUCACCUGACAAAGAAGUUACUGCAUUGUUUUAUUACAGUACAGAUUUGUCAACCUGAAAAAAAAAAAAACACUAACUGGAAAUAUUUUGACAGUAGAUGAUCACAACUACUUACAAAUUAUACUGCAAAUUAUUACAUGACCAUGACAUUAUGUACUGCUGUAUUCAGAAUAUGAAUCCUACUGUUGUUCAUUUGUUAACCAAUGGCUUAGCUACUGUUGUUCAUUUGUUAACCAAUGGCUUCUCUGUUACAUUUGCUCAUUUGUGAUUACACUAGAAUAUAACAUUUUUUUGUAUUUUCCUUUUUGUUUCUUGAAUUGUACCUGUUGAAUAUUUCUUGCCAUGAAUUGCUAUACCAUAAAAUGUGAUUAACCCACUGACAGACAAACGAAUAAACAUACCGCAAGUGGCAUCCUGUGGAGUAUCUUAACAUUCAUCAAAAUAUGCUUAUUCUAAUUUCAGAAGUCCAUUAUAAUAAUGUACCAGUAAAAUCUAGGGAGUAUAAUAAAUACCAUUUUUUGGCAAAGCAGAUUAAUAAUAAAAUGUUGGCCUUGUGCAAACACUGAAUCUGGCAAUCAGAUUUAUAUUUAUAUUAUUCAAAAACAUCAUAGUAUUGCCUGGAAAGCAAAUAAGCAAAGGUGUUAACUGACAGAAAAUAAGAACAUUUUCAGUUUCCAAUUAUCUUGCUCUAUAUAUUAAUCAUUUUAAUGGAUUGAUUUCAUUCAUUUUGGAAACAGUUCAUGGAACAAUCUGACCACCUAUAAUGGAGUCAAAAUCUUUGAGUCCUGCUUUUUAUAUUGACUCAAAUAACAAGUUAUUGUAUGAAUUCCUCAUCAGGGGCUCUCCUUGACUAUGAGUUAUGGUAUAUUAUUUUUGCAAUAUAAGCUUAUGAACUAUAGCAUACGACUGCACAACUUUUUCCCCAUUAUGGAUCACUCUGUUACCUUUGCAGAAACAGUAAAUUUUCUAUUCUUGUCUGUAAGAAAUUUAAUUCUUUGGUCUUAAAUACUACACUCUGUGAUAAAUCAAUAGUGCACUUUUGAUAAACACUGCGCAUGUCUAAAACUGGUGUUCUGUAUGUAGCUAUUGAAACCCAAGGUAAUGUCACUGAUUCCUCAAGUUGCACAUUUGUCAUUGAUGGAAGGAAUAUCAGAAGUCUGUGGAUUUAUCUAUCUUAUCAGCAGGCACCUGGUUUGUAUUCCAGGUCUGACACUUUAUUACAGCCACAGGUCUGCUCUUCUGAGAUGCUGUAUUUUAGGGGAGAUAUUAAACUCAGGCACUAGUUACUUCAUUUGGUAAUAGUCUAUAUAAAAGUUAAAGAUCCUAUGGGACUCAAUAAUGAAACAUAAUGGAGAUCCCCUGGUGUUUUGGCACCAUUUUUAUUCUGUGAUUUUACUCUUUAUAUUUCUUUUCUCUCUGAGUCAUCAGCUAUGUAAAGUUCAGCUGUCAAGAUGUGGUGCCUGUUACACAAAUUGUAAUUCUAUGAACAUUUUGGAUUUACUUUACAAGGCUAUAAAAGGAAAGACAAAGCUGUAUAAAAUGAAGCCUGCCCUAUCUAAUAUUUAAAUAAAGCUAGACUGUUCUCCA